GCUUCACAUUCACGCAACUCAAUAAAUAUACCUUACACUUUCUUCGACACCAUCUCAACCCACCUGCACUGUCCUUUGAAUCGCAUCACCGAGAGUAGCGCCCUCUUGCGCAUCUAUCAGCGCCAUGGCUACCGAUACCCCCAAACUGCUCUGGAAUCCUGAUAACGUCAAGGAUGUCGCAGAGUCGGUUGGCAUCAGCUCUCUCAACGAAGAAGCGCUCAAGUGCUUGGCACAGGACGUCGAAUACCGGAUCGGCCAGGUCAUCGUGGAGUCUCUGCGCUUCAUGCGCGCCGCCCGCAGAACAACCCUUACCGUCAACGAUAUCUCCCUCGCCCUCAAGGCGCUCGACGUUGAGCCCCUCUACGGCUACGAUUCUACGCGUCCGCUACGAUACGGCGAGGCCAGUCUCGGACCUGGCCAGCCACUGUUCUACAUUGAGGAUGAGGAGGUCGAUUUUGAAAAGCUCAUCAAUGCGCCUCUGCCUAAGGUGCCGCGCGACAUGGGUUUUACAGCGCACUGGCUCGCCAUCGAAGGUGUCCAGCCUUCCAUCCCUCAGAACCCCACGACUUCCGAAUCUCGAUCGCAGGAACUUCUCCCCAAGGGACCUGGUGCGAAUCCUGCCUUGUCCGCCUUGGCAGGCAAUGACAAUGUCUCCAUGAAACCAUCUGUUAAGCACAUUGUGAGCAAGGAGCUCAUACUCUACUUUGAUAAAAUCCAGGCUGCUGUUCUCGACGACAAUCCUGACGAAGAAGUGGUGCGCCUACGGCAAGCCGCUCUUGGUUCCGUGAGAGACGACCCUGGUCUUCACCAGCUCAUCCCAUACUUCAUCACCUUCAUCAUGGACCGAGUAACACACCAUCUCGAUGACACCUUCACUCUUAGGCAGAUGAUGGAGUUGACGAAUGCCCUCAUCGAGAACAAGAGCCUUUUCUUGGAUCCCUACGCCAGCCCCCUCUCAGCGCCCGCUCUUACAUGUCUAAUGGCCAGAAAAUUGGGCACUGAUGAGGGGACAGAUGCUCUCAAGGAGCAGUAUGAUCUUCGACAGCUGGCUGCAUCUCUGGUUGGACGAAUUGCGCGCAAAUACUCGGCUUCCAAUACACUCCUACGACCCAAGUUGACGAGGACAUGCCUCAAAUACUUUCUCGACCCUACCAAACCCCCUGCGGUUCUCUACGGUGCCAUCCACGGUCUGUUGGAAGCAGGAGGUCCAGAGGCAAUCCGCGUGCUGGUUCUACGUAACCUAAAGACUUUUGAUUCUGGGAUCCUACAACCUCUGAAGGAAAAGGCAGAGGGUACAAUGGACUACGAGAUGCUGGUUCAAGGCAUAGUACAAGCUGUGGCUUCUCUGGCAGAUCAUGUCGAAUCAGACGCCAAUGGAGUCAAUGGUACAGCAAACGCUGAGACAGAGAUAUCCGAACUGAAGGACUUUAUCGGACCUAUCAUUGGGGAAAAGAUUGCCUCUUCCGGUAAUCGGAGACUGAUCAGGACAAUCCUGGAUGCUCGAUUCUUGGAUUAGAAACUUGGCAUGUAAUAUUCACGACAGGCGAAUGGCGUUUGGUUGCGAAUACCUCACGAGGUAUUGGUUAGAACAGGCUCAAGCAUUUAAGGCGCUUGUGUACAGAUAAUAAAAU